AUGCAACAAAAGCCAAUUUCAGGGAAGCAUAUCGCCUUGGCCCACCAAGGUUGGGAAUCUGAGCCUAAGGCAAGACGCGUUUGCCAAGAUGAUCUCGAAUUUGAAAUCAAGAAUCAGCAACAAUAUGACUGGGAUUAUGAUUCCGAGAGAGGUGGCAUUAACGAUCAUGAUGAUGUUGCAGACUAUGGCGGUGGCUACGCUGAACCUGAUUUGCGACCAAAUCAAAGACAGGGCUGCCCUUUGACACAUAAGAGUCUAUUGGUAGAGGACCUUUUUUCGGACCUGAGUGAUGGUGUCAUUCUUUUGCGACUAAUAUACCUGCUUACAUUAAAUGCUUCACGAAAUGGAUUACUUAAUGAAGAAGAAAUGCAUGAGAGAGAACGAUACAUACGCUAUGUAAGUCUAAGAUAUAUAUGCAUAUUUAUAUUGAUAUAUAUAUAUAUACCUUCAUAA